AUGGCCAUCUUAAAAGUGACAUUCACCAAGACCAAACGGAACAUACUUGCCCAAGCUCUGUGGGUGCUGAACUGGGUUUCUGUGAUCACAGGCCUCACCCUUUUCAGCCUGGGCCUAUUUUUGAAAGUGGAGAUCCAAAAGAGGCAAGAGGUCAUGACCAAUGAGAUCCACAUGGUGCCCAACAUGCUGAUUGGUGUGGGACUAGCCACCUGCAGCAUCAACUUCCUGGGUGGAAAGAUCUGCUAUGACUGCAUGGACACCACCGCUUUCCUGCAUUGGAAGCUUCUAAUGCUGCCUUACAUCAUAUGUACUUUUUUCUUCACCCUUUACAUCCUGGUUGGGGCUUUGAUGUGCUACGCAAUGCGCAGUGAUCUGGAAGAGUCCCUGCUCCUGGGUCUGUGGGACGCCAUGUGCUACUACAAAGACACAGACAUACCAGGCUGCUGUUACAUCAAGCACAGCAUUGACCUGCUGCAAAUGCAGUUCCAGUGUUGUGGCAAUGGUGGCUUCAGAGACUGGUUCCACAUCCAGUGGGUCAGUCACUGCUAUUUAGACAUGUCCAUCAGUAAUGUUGUGGAUCAGCUGCAAAGUAAUGUGGAGGGGAAGUACCUUACAGAUGCAGUGCCCUUCACUUGUUGUAACGUGCACUUUCCGAGGCCCUGCAUCCAGCACCAAAUUACCAAUAGCUCUGCUCACUAUAACUACAACUAUCAUGGCGCAGAACUUAACCUGAACCAGAAGGGAUGCAGACAGGCCUUGCUGCAGUAUUACACCCAGAUUAUGCAGUUUGUUGGCCUCAUUGUGCUCAUCAUGUGGCUCUUUGAGCUCUCUGUGCUAACGUGCAUGCACUUCCUGCAGACCUCCAUAGAAAACGUGUUGAGGUUAGGAGACUCUGAGUCUGAGUCUGACGGAUGGCUUCUGAAAAAUAGCAUUUCUGAAACAGUGCAGCACAACUUCAACAUUAUCAAGAACUUGGGCAAAUGCUACCAGGUGGAUGAUGACCCCAAUAUUGAUGUGUCAUCCACCAGCCGGCAAACACAAGAGGCCUGUACACUCGCCAAGUCCCGGUGA